AUGACUCUUGGUGACAAGCCACUAGCUCAAUUUCUUCACGAAGCUGAAGCUAUCGUUGACGAGCUUGCCGUAGCUAACACACCUCUAUCUUCUGAUGAAUUCAAUGCCAUCAUUUUUCGCUUACUUUCCUCUGACUAUCGUUCCGCCGUUGCAACGUUAUCUGCAGAAAAGUCACAAGUAUCAUUUUCUGAUCUUUCUGGUAGAUUUAUGGCUCAUGAGAUCCUUUUGCAGAGCUCCCACAAACCAAUCAUUGUUGUCAAUGCUGCUCGACAACACACUUCAUCUGCACGUCCAUCUAAUCAGAGCUUCCAGAAAAACAAUACUUAUAGAAAUAACGAUGUGUCCACAACUGGAAACAAGAAGUGUUUUUCUAAUCCUUGUAAGAUCUGUGGACUAAACAAUCAUCAAGUUAAGUGGUGUCGCAAAUGUUAUAAUCGUGAUAAUACCAAUGCCAUAACGUUACUGCUUCUUCCAACGAUUGGUUUUCUGACGUUGCUACUUCUCAUCACAUGA